AUGAUAGCCUAAGAUGCUGAUCAAAGAUACACAGCAACAUAAUGUCUUAAUCAUACAUUUUUUUUAAAUGAAAUGGCUACAUAAUUAAAAUUAAAAAUGUAAGAUUUUAUUAUUUAAAAAAUUAGUUAAGAGAGUCCAACUAAAGAUUCUUUUGAUCAUUAUUUAGAUACAUACAAUAGUCCUGAUUAAAAAUUAAUGAAUAAGGAUAGAAAGAAUUUAUCAAUUGUUACUCGUACUCCCAUAUAUGCUCCUAAGGCUAGCACUCCAGAAUUACCAAAACAAAGAUCUAUUAUGGAAGAACUUAGUCCAAUAAGUUCAUUUUCUUUAGAUUAACAACGUAAUGAAUCAAAUAAAGAAGAUUAAUUUUAAUUUAUUAUUACUAAAUGA